AUGGCCGGCACCAAGAAGGUCGUUAAGAAGUCGGGCGACAAGAAGAAGGCUGUCGCCCAGCCUUCCGCCCAGCUCCUCGCUGCCGUUGAGAAAUUCCUCACCGAGAACAACUUCGGAGACGCUGCCACCGAAUUCACCAAGCAGAUCACCAAGAACGGCUGGGAAAAGAAGUCCUCCGACGCUUCCCUCGUCUCCAUUUUCCAGACCUGGGAGGCCAAGCCCAAGCAGGCUGGUAGCACCAGCGGCGAUGAUAGCGACAGCGAUGACGAGAGCAGCAGCUCUAGCGAGUCCGAGUCUUCGGACAGUGACAGCGAUAGCGACAGCGAAGAUGAGAAGAAGAAAGAAGCCCCCGCCAAAAAGGCCGAGUCCUCAAGCUCUAGCAGCAGCAGCAGCGACUCUUCGAGCGACAGCUCUAGCGACUCCAGCUCCAGCGAGGAUGAGGCCAAGAAGACCAAGGCCGCCGCCCCUGCCACCAACCCUCUGAAGCGCAAGGCCGAGUCCAGCUCUGAGAGCUCUUCCUCGUCGUCCGAUUCUUCCUCCAGCGACUCUUCCAGCUCCGAGGACGAGGCCCCCAAGGCCAAGAAGCAGAAGGUUGCCGAGUCUUCUUCCUCCUCUUCUGAGUCUUCAUCUGACUCCUCCUCCGACUCGUCUUCUUCCUCCGAAUCCGAAGACGACAAGAAGAAGCCCGCCGCUAAGGCCACAUCCCCCAAGAAGGCCGCUGCCGCCAAGAAGGAGGAGUCUUCUGACUCGUCCUCUUCCGAGUCUUCUUCCGAUUCUAGCUCGGACUCUUCUUCCUCCGACUCUUCUUCUGAUUCCUCUUCCGAUUCGGAUUCGAGCUCUUCUUCCGACUCUGACUCCUCUUCCGACUCUUCGUCUGAUUCCGACUCUAGCUCGGACUCCGACUCUGACUCUUCUGAGUCUGAGGCUGAGAAGAAGGAGGUCAAGAAGGAAGCCAAGAAGGCUACCAAGUCUGACAGUUCCUCGAGCGACAGCUCUUCCAGCGAUUCUUCGUCCGACUCUGAGGACGAGAAGAAGACUGAGAAGAAGAAGGCCGCCUCCACCAACGGCUCCGACUCCUCCGCCACGCUCAAGGCUUCCACCGAGUCCACUCCUGUCCCUACCACCGAGGAAAAGACCAACAACCGGGGCAAGGCCAAUGGCCCCCCACCCAAGAAGGAGAUCCAGCCCUUCUCUCGCGUGCGCAAGGAUGUCGUAGUUGACCCGCGUCUCGCUUCCAACGCUUUCGCCGGUCACGAGUGGGGCCAGAAGGCGCACGAGGAUUUGAUCGUCACCAGAGGCAAGGGCUUCACCAAGGAGAAGAACAAGAAGAAGAGGGGCAGCUACCGGGGCGGGCGCAUCGACACCUUCGCCGUCGGCGGCAUCAAGUUCGAUGACUAA